CCGAAUUCGUUCGAGUGACCCCCUCGGGUGUUUACAGACACCAAAUUUAUCUGUUUGGGUCGUUUGAACGCCAGACGGGGUUCGUUUUAUGUGCAGUUUAACGCUAUAAAUGGGGUUGAAUGGAAGUUGUGUGACGUUUCUACUGUUUUACAUUCCACCUCACCAUUCUGUACAAUAGUACAAGGUUGUGUUUAUGAUACCGAAACGGAUAUUUCACAAUACUUUUAAUAAUGGUUGUAAUUUGCUAUGUUUUUUCAGUAGAGAUAUGAAGCGGAUACGCCGAAACAUGUGAUAAAAAGUGUGAAAAAUUAUUAAAAAAAGAGCUAAUUUCUUGUGUUUUUUACAAUGAUAAAUGCUAGUGCUUACUUUUUUUAUAAGCGAUUUCGUCCUCGUAAAUUAACUCUGUUUAGCGUUUUUUAAGUGGACAGACAUACUGACUUACUCAUCAAAGUAAUUGGAGGUAGACUUUUUUGUACUUUUAACGUUGUAUCAUUUUACAGGAUCAAAUUGCUGCUUUUAACAAAGGAAUUUAGUAAUAAAACUCGAUUUUUAAUAGGUGGAUAGAUAAAGAAAUAGCUGCUGCAAUUAUCAAAUUAUAAGGGUUUGUCUUUCAUUUGUUUUCCUAGAACACUGAUAAUUCAGUAGCGAAACUACAGUAACAGGGAUGACGAACAAAUUGAACGGGAAGUUUCCCAUCAUGGAAAAGGACACUGGAAUGGGGGAUAACACCCCCAGGAACCAAAAGUGGAAGACCUUCCUCCGUCAGAAUCUUCUGACCCUGCUGAUGUUCCUGUCCGUUGUAGUAGGAAUAGGAUUAGGUAUAGGUCUUAGAGAAUUUCGGGUAUGGAACGAGAGGAACGUCAUGUACAUCAGCUUCCCUGGAGAGCUAUUCCUCCGGAUGCUGAAAUGCCUGAUCCUCCCCCUGAUAGUGUCCAGCCUCAUAUCCGCUAUAGGCUCUCUGGAUACCAAACUGUCCGGGAAGAUAGGUGCCAGAGCAGUGGUUUACUACCUGGCCACCACAGUACUGGCCAUAAUUUUGGGGAUAGUCCUGGUCGUUAUUAUACGGCCGGGAAAAGGAGGAACCGUCAAUGGUACAGGAAUCAAAGAAGUGGAGACUAGACCUACUACCACGGCAGAUACACUAAUGGAUCUUGUCAGGAACAUGUUCCCCCCUAAUCUGAUGGAAGCUUGUAUUUCCCAAACUUCGACGAGCCUUACCAGACCAAAGAACGCUUCAAUUAAUGAUACAGACUAUUAUUCGUGGGCGAUAGAUCAAAAAGUUACGCCUGGAACGAACAUAUUGGGUAUCGUGGUGUUUUCUAUUGUGUUAGGAAUAACACUGGGCCAGAUGAAAGAAAGUGGAAAACCCGUUUUGAUGUUCUUCUCUUCGUUGGGUGAUGCGAUGAUGAUGAUUACUAAAUGGGUGAUUUGGCUAUCUCCUGUUGGCGUUUUAUUCCUCGUCACCGGGAAAAUCGUCGAAAUGGAUGACUUGUCCGUGGUGGCAGGUCAGUUAGGACUUUAUACGGCAACCGUUUUAGUAGGGUUAUUCGUACACGGACUGAUCACUUUACCAUUGAUAUACUUCGUGAUCGUGCGGAAACAACCGUUUACAUUCAUGUAUCGUAUGCUGCAAGCCAUCACUACAGCAUUUGGCACCUCUUCCAGUUCGGCUACACUUCCAGUCACCAUCGCCUGUCUAGAAGACAAGAACCAGGUAGAUCCCAAAGUUUCCAGAUUCUGCCUGCCCAUAGGAGCCACCAUCAAUAUGGAUGGCACGGCACUGUACGAAGCCGUGGCAGCGAUCUUUAUCGCUCAGAUUCGAAAUGUGUCCCUCGAUGCGGGGAAGAUUGUGGCAAUCAGCAUAACUGCGACAGCUGCGAGUAUUGGGGCAGCCGGUAUACCACAGGCUGGUCUGGUGACAAUGGUAAUGGUGUUGAAUGCUGUGGGCUUGCCAUCCGAUGACGUGGCGUUCAUUUACGUAGUGGACUGGUUUCUAGACAGAUUUCGAACCUCUAUUAACGUUCUGGGCGAUUCUUUCGGAGCCGGCAUCGUAGCCCACCUGAGCAGGAACGAUUUGACAGGAGACCCGGAAACGUCAGUACCUUCGACAUCACCGAACUUCGACGUCACGGCAGCUCCCCAAGUCACUUCUAUGUAAAUACCAACCCUUCCAUUGCCCUUUCCAGGUACCAAACACCACGAAACGGAUCGACGUAAAGAUUACGUGCCACUUAAUACACAAAAUCCCCCUAUAGAAGAUCGGUUGUGUGGUAUCUACUGUAGACUGUUGCACAGUGGUGUUUACUGUAGAUAGUACGAAGUAGACCACAAAAUGCCACACAGUGGACUUCUCUGUGGCAUUUUGUGCCACAGAAAAGUCUACCGUACUGCUAAUGCACAGGAAUGAAACAGAUUUCAGCGCCAUGCUUGCGCCGUCUUCUUUGUGUUAUAACUUGGCCAUACAAUCUAUUGUAUAUUUUAUGUUAUCUAUAUAUAUUAUAACCCUGUAUAUACGUGUAUAUUUGUGACCAACGUCACUGUUUAGAAUUUUAACGUUGUGAUGUCGUGAACAGAAAAGGGUGGCCCGAAAGUCAGUCAACCAUUCUUUGUGUGUUCAGGUGCAUUUGCUGAUACGAAUGGUAAACCGAAUUUGUAUAAGUAGAAAAGUGAAUAACAGGGCAAUUUGGUACCUACAAUGGUUAACCAACUUUUGGGACACUCCGUAUUUAUUUAUUUAAAUAAAAAAUAAUUACAAUAAUUGAUGAUAUAAUUAUAUUAAAUUAUAAAUAUUGCGUAAAAUUUUCUAUUUUUUCCCCGUGGAUGAUGAUAAUUAUAUUUGACG